CACCCAUUUUCAUCUCCUUUCUUCCCCAUUUUUCUAUCUUUUUUUACUCUCUCAGAUUCAUUCACUGCCCAAAAACACCACCUUCUUCACUUCAUCAUCAUCAUCAUCUUCUCAAACAAGAUUCCUCAAUAAAUAAAUUUUCAUUCUUUCUUCUUCUCUUCAAUAUAAAAAGAGAAGAAGAAGAAGAAGAAGAAGAAGACAAGCUUUUUUCCCAAAGGGUUUUGGUCUUCUUUGUUUUUCCCCUAUCCUUUAUUGAUCCCUUUCUUUGUUUUUUGACCUACCGUUGUCGGUUCCUACAACCCCUUAAAAUUCUUCAAUUCUUCGAUUUCUUAUAAUCUCUCUAGGGUUUUCAAGGUUAGAUCCAAGAAAUCUCUCCAUUAUUGUUCAGUCAUCUGCUCAAGGACUACAUUUUUGAUUUGAUUGUUUCUUAUUCACCGGACGGGGAGGCAUCUGAGUUGAAACAUUACUUCUGUUGAGGCAAUAUUUCGUUCACUCGUGGAAUAUAUGGGCUGAUUUGGGCAUUUCAUGGGAGGUGUAGAGGACGAUGAACCACCUACGAAACGCGUGAAAGUUUCAUUAGGAGGUAAGAGGGGACUCGCAAAUAAUUCAUCUCAUUUGGAGCCUGCCACCGGCUCUUUGUAUAACUCAAUGGCUCGACCACUGCCUUCUGAUGGGGGAGACGAAGAGAUGGUUGGCUCAAAAGGAAUUAUUAAAAAAAUGGAAUUUGUUAGGAUUAUAACUGAAGCAUUAUACUCUCUAGGGUAUGAGGAUAGUGGAUCUCUUCUAGAGGAGGAGUCUGGGAUACCAUUACAUUCUUCUCUGGUGGGUCUUCUUAGAAAGCAAGUACUCAAUGGAAAUUGGGAGGAAAGUGUGGUUACAUUGCGUAAGAUUGGUAUUUUAGAAGAAAGUACUUUAAAGUCCGCGUCAUUCUUGAUAUUGGAGCAGAAGUUUUUUGAACUUCUUGGUAAAGAAAGAGUAAUAGAGGCUCUGCAGACUCUGAGGACUGAAAUUACACCUCUUAACAUCAACGUAAAUCGAGUACAUGAACUUGCUUCAUGCGUUGUCUAUUAUUCGCAGCCCAAAUUAGUAGGUUCUUCAAAUGGGGAGGUAGUAAGUGGUAAGUCCCGGUCAAAACUUUUAGAGGAACUACAGAAAUUGCUACCCCCAGCAGUUAUGAUACCCGAAAGAAGGUUGGAAAAUCUGGUUGAACAGGCCCUCAAUGUGCAACGCGGAUCUUGUGUGUUUCAUAACUCUUUGGAUAGUGCAUUAUCAUUGUUCUCAGAUCAUCAAUGUGGAAAAGAUCAGAUUCCUUCUCGCACUUCUCAGGUAUUGGAAUCUCAUAAUGACGAAGUCUGGUUUUUGCUAUUUUCACAUGAUGGGAAGUACUUGGCCUCGUCUUCCAAUGAUCGAUCAGCAAUUAUUUGGGAGGUUAAUGGUGAUGGUGUAGUGACAUUGAAGCACAAACUAACUGGGCAUCAAAGACCCGUUAUGAGUAUUUCAUGGAGCCCUGACAGCCGUCAGAUCCUCACAUGCGGAUUAGAGGACGUCAUCAGACUUUGGGAUGUGAAUUCGGGUGAAUGCCUUCAGGUUUACGAAAAAUCAGGCCUUAGCUUUGUCUCCUGUGAAUGGCAUCCUGAUGGAAACCGAAUAUUCACUGGUUUAAUAGAUAAGAGCAUUUGCAUGUGGGAUCUGGAUGGAAACGAACUUGAAUGUUGGAAAGGGCAGCGAACUCUUAAAAUUUCGGACAUGGCCGUGACGAGUGAUGGGGAAAAAAUUAUAACGAUAUGUAGAGAAACAUCGAUACUGAUUCUUGAUAGAGUAGCUAAAGUUGAGAAACUAAUUGAAGAGGAUCAAGUCAUAACGUCAUUCUCAUUAUCUAGGGAUAAUAAGUACUUGUUGGUUGAUCUUUUUAACCAAGAGGUACAUUUAUGGAGCCUUGAGGGUGAUCUUAAGCUCGUCUCCAAGUACAAAGGUCACAAACGCAGCCGAUUUAUUAUCAGGUCUUGUUUUGGUGGAUUUGAGCAAGGUUUCAUUGCCAGUGGAAGUGAAGAUUCUCAGGUUUAUAUAUGGCACAGAGGCACUGGUGAGCUGCUAGAAAAAUUACCUGGGCAUUCUGGAUCAGUGAACUGUGUAAGCUGGAAUCCUAGGAACCCUCACAUGUUGGCAUCAGCAAGUGAUGACAGGACUAUCCGAAUAUGGGGUUUAAAUUCCGUUAACUUGAAGCGCAAAGAAAAACAGGAAAACGGGGUCGUCCACCAUUGCAAUGGACGAGCCUAAGAGUAUCAACUUAAAAAAGGAAAGAGAAAAGGAACAUCAAUGUUCUCGAUUCAGGUAAUCUGGUAUUUCUCUUUGAUUCCGUUGGAAUUAUGUAAAUGACUAUGGCCAUUGUCUGCCAAUAAACUUGUCUACUGGUAUAACCAUUUCUUUAAGAAAAAAUUUCAUUUUCUUAGUUAAACUUUUUUUAGUUUAGCGAGUA